AUGUCAUCAUCAAAUGUGCGCGAGUUUGAGGAUCAGCUACGACACGCUUGGUACAUCGCGGAGGUUCUCGAUCGCAAGAUGACUUCCUCAGCUUCUACCGCCACCCCAAUGAAACAUGCCUUCACUCGCCACGUCGAGGAGGUCAAGACACCAAAGAGUGAUGUCAACACAUUAAUACUCGACUACCUCACCGUCGCAGGUUAUCCCAACGCGGCUGCCAAAUUCUCUACCGAAGCCAAUCUACAACCUCAACAGCCCACCUCUGCCAUUCAGAGCAGACAGAGGAUCCGAACAGCCAUACAUAAGGGCGAGAUUGCGGGUGCUAUAGAGGAUCUCAAUGAGCUCGAUCCGUCGAUACUGGACAAAGACGAGCCUCUACAUUUCGCUCUUCUACGGCUACAACUCAUGGAAUUAAUUCGUGCAUGCAACAAUAGUCCAGGUCGUGAUAUCACCCCGGCCCUCCAGUUUGCGCGGGAUCAGCUCGGCCCUCGCGCAGCCACUAAUCCAGAAUUUCUCGAGGAUCUGGAGAAAACCAUGUCACUUCUUGUCUUUGAGCAGAAUGAUGCCCUAGACCCUUCGCUAGCAGCACUUCUCAAGCCAGGCCUGCGAAGAGAAGUUGCUGACAACGUGAACAAGGCCAUUCUCGAACGCCAGCAACAGCGCAAAGAAGCGGCUAUUUGUCAGCUUGUGCGAAUGAGGGCCUGGGCUGAGAACACUACACGCAAAGACACAAAGAAAGAUCUGCCAGCAAGAAUCGAGCUGGGACUGGACGGCGACGAUACCGACAAGCAAGAUGGUCAAGAUGGCCACGAGCCAAUGAACACGACAUAG